CUCGGUGAAGUUAAGGUAGUUUUCUUCUUCCUGUUCCAAAUUCAAAGUGUUCUCUUUUCUUCUGCCUUUACCCUUCUUCCAUUUUGUGCUCCAAAGGACAAAAACACUGCAAUCACAGAGUCUUUCUAAUAGAAUAGAGGAUCAUGGCUUGCUUUGGCUUUUGCAAAGAAAAUGAUAGUUAUACACCUGCUGACAAAGGACCCUUCAUGCAAAGCAAUCCUACUGGGAACGCCAGUUUUCAUGGCAGACACACAGCAAUAGCCACUCCUCGGCCUAUAAUUUUUCAACCCAUUUCUGUACCUGCCCUUACAGUAGAUGAAUUGAAGUCUUUGACAGAUAAUUUUGGCUCAAAAUCUUUCAUUGGUGAGGGUUCAUAUGGGAAAGUAUAUCAUGCCGUAUUGAAAGAUGGGCGUGCUGUGGCAAUUAAAAAGUUAGAUUCUAGUAAGCAACCAGACCAGGAAUUUCUUUCUCAGGUCUCCAUCGUAUCAAGGCUAAAGCAUGAAAACUAUGUUGAGCUUAUUAGUUAUUGCGUUGAUGGUCCUUUUCGUGCACUUGCUUAUGAGUUUGCUCCUAAAGGAUCUCUUCAUGAUAUUCUACAUGGACGCAAAGGUAUUAAGGGUGCACAACCUGGUCCAGUGCUCACAUGGGCUCAGAGAGUUAAAAUUGCUGUUGGAGCAGCCAGAGGACUUGAAUAUCUUCAUGAAAAGGCAGAGAUGCAUAUCAUCCAUCGUUACAUUAAGUCUACUAACAUACUGCUUUUUGAUGAUGAUGUUGCAAAGAUUGCUGAUUUUGAUUUGUCAAAUCAAGCCCCUGAUGCAGCAGCACGUCUUCAUUCGACCCGUGUUCUUGGAACCUUUGGUUAUCAUGCUCCAGAAUAUGCAAUGACUGGACAACUCACUUCAAAAAGUGAUGUUUAUAGUUUUGGAGUUAUACUGCUUGAACUCUUAACUGGGCGUAAACCUGUUGAUCACACACUGCCCCGAGGACAGCAAAGCCUUGUGACAUGGGCAACACCAAAGCUUAGUGAAGAUAAGGUGAAGCAAUGUGUUGAUGUUAGAUUAAAGGGAGACUACCCUUCAAAGUCAGUUGCAAAGAUGGCUGCUGUUGCUGCGUUGUGUGUGCAAUAUGAAGCUGAGUUUCGGCCAAAUAUGAGCAUUAUAGUGAAAGCUCUACAGCCUCUACUAAAUACUCGUUCUGUUCACUCAAAGGAAUCACCAAAAAUGUAAAUUCCAAAACCAUUCAUUCCUUUUUGUGCAGACUGCAGAGAGCUUUAACGAAUUGUCUUUUGUGACUAGUGUCAGUAUUUACAUAUCAUAUGUUAUAGUCUAAAGUAUUGUUUGCAUUAUUGUAUUUGUAUCUUUAUUUAGUAAAGCAUUCUACAAAAAUAAUGGUCAUGUAUGAAAGUGGCAAGCGCCAUUUAUAGUUAAGUUUCUAGUUUUGAAUGCUUAUUGGAAUUUUAUAAUGUUUGGUUUUG